AGCCCACGGCCUUGGAGCAGGCGGGGGUCGGCGGGAGGGCACGUGGAGCUUCGGUUCUGCUCCGUCCGGGCCCUGCGGGCCGCCGUCCUGCCCGCACCCAACAUGGCGGCGGGGCGGCCUCAACCGCGCCGUGACGUUUUUCCGCGCCCUUCUGCCCCCGGCACCGUAUGUCCAGCUUCGCCGACUUCACGGUGCCGUCGCGGGGGCCCUUCCCAGACGGUGAUCCAGUGCGAGACGGGGGAGGUGUGUCUGCUCUGGGACGACGGCCCCAGGGUGGAUUAUUACAAGGUGGGGUGUGACGAUGACGAUGACGACGGCAAUGACGAUUACGAUGAGGACAGGUUCGACGGAUUCCAGUUCUUGGAUGAUCCCGUCGCGGAGGAGCCCAUUCCCUACAGCUACUGUGGCUUCCGCAAGUCUUUCCUGUGCCCGGAGCUGCCUCCACAGCAACCCCGGACCUCUCCGUCCGUCCUGGCUGCACGGCUGGACCGGCUGCCCACACCCCGCCUCACCUGGCUCACGGCAGAGGAAGCCGAGAGGAAUGCGCAGGAGCUGGUGGCAGAGGAGGAGCGGGCAAAGAGGAAGGCAGAGAAGAAGAAGCUGAAGAAGAAGAAACAAAAAGACCGAAAGAAACGGGAGAAAUUGGGUCAAGAGCAGAAGAACAAAGAGAACACUGACCCAAGCCCCCCAAGAGGCCAUGCAGGCGCUGGGACCUCCCUCAAUGAUGCUGAGGAUGAGGGAUGCUGCCCAGAGCCCUCUUCAUGUCGUGGGGACUCCACAGUCCCCUCAGAAGACCCUGAACCAGAGGACACGGUGGUGGCAGAGGAGGAGCUGGACCUGAGCUGCACUUUUGUCUGCAAAGCACGGGAGAAGGCAGGGGUUCCGGCUUGCCCCCGCCGGGCAGCGAUCAGUCCCCUGGGGACACAGAACAUGGAGCCAAGCAAGGAAGGUUGCCAGAGAAGGGCAGUGGAGAUCCUGUGAGAGAGCUGUG